GACCGAAAGGGAGGUAACUCUCAACCAUCGUCCGCCAUCACAGAGUUUUUGACAGUAUUUUUCAGGUUUCAGGAACUGCUAACGAAAUGAGAUAAAGAAGUUCACUAUGGAACUGCAAGAUGUGUUUUAUUCGAAUGCCGAAUAUAUUGAAACGGCUUCCGGAAACAAAGUCAGUCGGCAGUCGGUGCUCUGUGGCAGUCAGAACAUUGUCAUAAAUGGAAAGACAAUCAUAAUGACGGACUGUGUGAUACGAGGGGACCUGGCCAAUGUCAGGAUAGGUCGCCAUUGUGUCAUCAACAAAGGUGCUGUUAUCAGGCCAGCAUUUAAGAAGUUCAGCAAAGGUGUGGCGUUCUUCCCCUUGCAUAUAGGUGAUCAUGUGUUGAUUGAAGAAGACUCCAUCAUCAAUGCGGCACAGGUCGGGUCCUAUGUUCAUAUAGGCAAGAACUGCAUCAUUGGUCGUCGAUCUGUUCUCAAAGACUGCUGUGCCAUAGCUGACAACACAGUGUUGCCGCCAGAGACAGUUGUCCCCCCUUUCACAGUCUUUGCAGGAUCACCAGGUAAAUGCAGUGCGGAGCUGCCAGAGUGUACCCAGGACCUCAUGGUGGACGUCACAGUCAACUACUACCAGCACUUCCGAGCGAUGGGGAAGGGAAAAGCCUAGUUCCUGACACUCCUUCACACAGGGACUCAACAUUCAUCUAUUUAUUUAUACAUUGCUUGCAUCAAGAUUUCUUUGGUAACAUUGGAGAAAUGAUCCCCAUGUUGACAUUUACCAUGUUUUUUGUUGCUACAGAAUGGUGUUUGGGCAGAUGUUAAUAUGAUAUAUUACUACUCAACUUUUGAUGGGGUAAUCAGUAAGGAUGUCACAAUACAGAUGUCACGCGAUAUCUCCAUACAGGAGCCAAGAUACGAUACGUAUCUCAAUACUGCAUAUUCAACAUUUUGUGCGGAAAGCCCAGUCAUUUGACUGAAAAUAGAGUCCAUAGACUCUCUCAUAAAGGUAAAGAAGGACAACCGACUAAUGACACUGAGUCAGGUAUUUUGACAGGCAGCAAAGAAGAGCUGGUCAGUUUUGUUAUCGGCCAGUUUCGUAUCCGAAAAACGACCGAGAAAGUUAUGAGAAAUUAUUAAAAUAGUUUGUACUUGCUUAUUGAUAUCAGUGGGAGAUCAACAUGGACAAUCGAUAUCGGGUUAAAUGUGAAUCAAUGCCAAAUUAAAUAUAUCUGGUACUGUAUCGUGUAAGGUUUGCUGAUGAUGCACUGGUGUAACAGUGAAUCACAUCACUAAUAAUCAGAUAUGUCGUUCUAUUUUAAUAUACACUAGACAUAUUAUCAGAAUCAGUGUAUCAUGGAGAGAUUAAAAUAUGCCUAUCAAAAGUGGAGUAGUAUAUUGAUUAUGAGUUUCCAAAUAUGACUUCAUGCCUUUAAAUAACAUGUCAUUUUUGCUUUUGUUUCGGUGCAUGGAUGGUCCAGAGUUGCGGCCCUUAGUAGUUCAAGGAUCUGAUGAUCAUUAAUACACUCCCCGAUUCGAUUAUGAUCCUUUGUUUGUCAGCACCUACCAGUGUUUGUGGGUUUCACCAGAGUGGUAAGCGUUGCUAACCUACGCCACUUUGUGAUUUCCUGCCAUCCUGACAUCCGUGAUACAACUGAAGUACUGUCAGCAGUGAUGUUAAGCCCAAAUCACUCUCCCUGUAAUGUUAUAUUUUUAUUGUAUGUAGAAGUACUUAUUUCCCGGGCUCUGUGGUCUUGUGUUAAAUACCUGUGCAAUAUAUUCUCAUUAUUUACUUAUGUAAAACGAUAUGGUUAUAACAAUUUUUUAUUUUGGAUCAUUAUUAAGUGCACCUUGAUAACUUUAACAUUUGAGCAGAGAUUUCGGAAACUUAAGCGAGAUUUGAAGCCUCUUUGUUUGUUGUAAUGAAAGUUGUUUAUUGAUAAUAUCUAAGAUUAAAGUGAUGUGAAGUAACACGAUGUUUAGUUGUAAAUAGACAGAUGCUACUUUAAAAAAUUUCUCUGAAUAAAACAUAUAUGUUACUUCAA